UUAGCACAAAACAUUUCAUUAAUUUGAUCGAAUCAGUAUUGAUGCAGAGAGAGUUGGUUGCUUGUUGACUUUCGCUGAUUGUCGAGGGGGCUUCAGACUUAUCAAUACUACACUCUAAAAAGGGUUCCAGAAUUCUGCUCUCACAGUCAAGGUUUCCGCGAAACAAGCAAAUAUGAUGAAAGUAUUUCUUCUCACGUUUGCAUGCAUGAUGUGCACCAUCUCCAUGGCCUGGGGAUGCGUGAGUGGUGCGGGCCCAGCAUGGGAGUUAAGCCAGCCGGCUAGACCUGGACCAGGACAUAGAAAAGGAUCUGGAUGGGGUGCAGCCAGGCCCGCAGCCAGGGUGGCAGCCAAGGUACAUAGGCCAAGCCGCCCAAGCAUACCUAUCGAGGUUGCGAGAUACUUCGCUGGACGGAUUAGCAAGGAAUCAGCUUUCGCAAGCAUCGAUCACGAUGGUAAUGGUCUGGUUUCCAUACAAGAGUGGACUUUGAUAGGCGGCGCCAGGACAGAAUUUAAUUACAUGCUCGUUCGCCUUGACGCUAAUGGCGAUAAUCUUAUCUCUCUUCCUGAGCUACAACCGUUUAGUCUACCAAUAACCAACAGACAGCGUGACUUUUGAGGCAGGUUGGUGUAUAGGUCCAUGAUCAAACCAAGAAUCAGCUUCUGAUAUUCGUUAGAAUGCACGGCUGGUGAAUCGCAAAUGUGUUAUGUAAACGUGUGUCAGAUAACAGACAAAACUAUAUAAGGCAAUGUAUCGAACCACAAAAUUAAAAUUAUUCACAGCUAUUGAUACAAAUUGAACUGCAUGACAUAAAAUACUUUUGAGUUGAUAAAUUUAGAAGACAUCAAAUGAUUUUUUUGUCUUUACUUGAUGUUAAUUCAAAACCAAUCAAUCCGCCAUGUUUGAAAUGUGUUACCUGAUUAUCAGGUUUUUUUUAGAGAUUGAGUUGCCUUUCCCACAUUUUGUGAUAUCUCCCGCCUUCCGAUAUAUAGAUAAUAUUUGUGUUUGCCGUUACGAUAUUUUAUGCUAUGAGUGCCAAUUUUGUAAAUGCAUCAACUUGCCAAGCUGAAAUAGGGUUUUCAUAAGACAUUGUCUCUGUAAUAUUCCUAUGUUUUUCAUUUUUACCUUUGUAAUUGAAUUAUUUUGAAAUAUUUUGUAUAUAUUCAAUGUUUGUACAAAGUAAUAAACUGGAGAAUCAAGUAAUGAUCCAAUUUAAA